AUGGAGCCCACAGGGCGCGCAAGGAGUGGCGCGCCUUCUCCGGCUCCUUGCUCCGCUCCAAUGGUGUCGAUGUCCACGUGCCACGUCAUGGAGCGGAUGCAACACAAUUGGCUAGUACCAAGAAGCAGAAUAAGAAAACACCUAGGAGCAUUAAUGCCAACCAUGGUCAUCCAAGACAUAAGCGUCGACACGCUGACAAAUCAUGGAAGUUUGACCAUGUUACCUUUCACUGAUGAGUCUGUUGUCUGGUAUAGACUCCAUCACCUAUCAUCGUUGAAUCUUAUUGUGUAUCUACAGUUCUACACACUAGAAUACUGUGUUUCUGCCCCCAAUUAUUCUGAUUGAACUUUUUAGUGAUAUAUAUAUCUCUACUACUGUAUAUGUUCUUAGAGUGGG